AAGUCGUAACCCAAAGAGAUGUAUCGGUCAUCGACUCAUCGGAGCCGGAGAGUCACUGGGUGGGAGGGAUCUGAAUGUAACAACACCCAAUCUCGAUGGAGGGUUAAGGCUUGAGAUCGAGAAUAAAACCUCGCUUCGCAGUGAUGGGAGGUUGAUUCUUCUCAUCAAAGAUUGGUUGGAGAUUACGUGUCUGUAUGUAUGGGUGAAGUACGCAAAGUUCACUCCUUUCAAGCUAAUAUACUUGAAAGCCUAUAAAUCUGUAAGAUUGAAGUUAAGAAUUUUGCCUACUCCUUCCAUACCAUACAUACACUUAAUCCUGAAUCCAUCUCUCAUGUGUAACUACUUGAGUCCAAAGCUGAGAAAGCCUCUGCACUUUGUUUUUUCAAUGCCAACUUUCAUACAGGUUCAGGUAACCCUUAUAUAUGAAACCUGAAUUGGUAUGUUUCUCUUUCCUUUUACUACUACUGUCUCUUUAUGUUUUGGUUUUAGUAUGUUUAAAAUUAAAAAUUAAUUUUCGAGGCGACUCAUUGUUUAGUAUAUAAAUGAAAGUGACAUGGUGACUGUAUUUGCGCCUACAAUUGUCUUAUUCUUGGAAUCUUGCUGUAUUACAGAAAAAAAAUAUGAUGCAACCAUCCAAAAAUGACCCUACAAAGCAAGACUUUGACUCACUUAAACAAUUUCCACCAAAUUACUAGGUGGAGGAGAGAGUUAAGAUGCUACCUACCUUUUGCAAGUUUAGUUGCAAGUCAAGAUUAAUUUGCAUUUGUGAAUCUGUCUUUUGUUUAUCAAUUGCAAGAUGGGAAAUUGUGUCUCUCUCCAAAUCCAAGCACCAUGCGAGGAAGUGCUGAACCAUCUUGGUAGCUGCUUCUGCAGCAAAAUUAAAUAUAUCCAGAACCUCAAGAGGAAUCUAGUGGCUUUGGAGACAGCCAUGGAAGAUCUCAAGGCGGUGCGAUCUGAUCUGCUACGGAAAGUCCAUGCAGCAGAAGAAGGAGGAGGUCUACAAAGGCUUCAUCAAAUCAAGGUAUGGCUUGAGAGAGUCAAGACUAUUGAAUCUAAAUUCAAUGGUCUAUAUAGCACUAGAGAUGUUGAACUGGAAAGGUUGUGUUUCAGUGGUGCUGGCCCCAAGAACUUAAGACUGAGCUAUCUUUACGGAAAGAGGGUCUUGAAGAUGUUGAAUACGGUUGAAGACUUGAUAUCUAAAGGUUUUUUUGAUGAGGUGGCUAGUCCAGCUGCUAGAGCUGUGGGAGAGGAAAGACCUUUAACCCCGACGGUCGUUGGUCAAGAAACAGUUCUUGAAAAGGCGUGGAACCACCUCAUGGAUGAUGAAACUAAGAUCAUGGGUCUCUAUGGUAUGGGUGGAGUAGGGAAAACAACACUUCUCACACAGAUCAACAAUAAGCUUGUCGACUUGUGUGACACACAUGAUGGGGUUGAGAUAGUCAUAUGGGUUGUGGUGUCUGGUGAUAUACAAAUCCACAAGAUACAACACAGGAUCGGCAACAAGAUAGGAUACAAAGGUGUUGAAUGGAAGAAGAAAAAAGAAAACCAAAAGGCACUAGAGAUAUUCAACUUUCUAAGCAAGAAAAGAUUCGUGUUACUCUUAGAUGACAUAUGGAGGAAAGUAGAUCUAACGGAGAUUGGUAUCCCUAAUCCAACAAGCCAAAACGGAUGCAAGAUAGUAUUCACAACUCGCUCUCUAGGCGUAUGUACGAGCAUGGGGGUCCAUGAACCAAUGGAGGUACAAUGUUUAACUACAACCGAUGCAUGGGACUUGUUCAAGAAGAAAGUUGGACAGAACACACUUGAAAGACAUCCAGACAUUCCCAAGAUCGCAAGAAAAGUUGCUGGAGCAUGCCGUGGCUUGCCACUAGCGUUAAAUGUCAUUGGAGAGACAAUGUCAUGCAAGAAGACGACACAAGAAUGGUACCAUGCGGUUGAUGUUUUGAAAACGUAUGCCGCGGAUUUUAGUGACGUGAAGGAGAAGAUUCUUCCCAUCUUGAAGUACAGCUAUGAUAAUCUUGAAGGUGACAAUGUCAAAUCUUGUUUCUUGUAUUGCUCUCUCUUUCCAGAAGAUGCUUUAAUAGACAAAGAGAGGAUUAUAGACUUUUGGAUAUGUGAAGGGUUCAUUGAUGGGUAUGAGAGUAAAGAAAGAGCUGUGAACCAAGGGUAUGAGAUACUAGGUACCCUUGUGUGUGCCUCUUUAUUACAGGAAGGAGGGAAGUACGACAACAAGUCAUACGUGAGAAUGCAUGAUGUGGUUCGAGAGAUGGCCCUGUGGAUAGCAUCUGAUCUUGAGAAGCAUAAAGGAAGUUACAUCGUACGAGCUGGUGUGGGGUUGAACGAAGUACCAAAGGUGCAGAACUGGCAACUUGUGACAAGGAUGUCACUGGUGAAUAACAAGAUCAAAGAGAUACAUGAGAGUCAUAAGUGUCCUAAGCUUACAACUCUUCUUCUUCAGAACAACCGCUGUCUUGUAAGCAUCUCUGGUGAAUUCUUCCGGUCUAUGCCAAGACUAGUUGUUUUGGAUCUUUCAUGGAACGUCAAUCUCAAAGUUUUACCUGAGCAAAUAUCAGAGUUGGUUUCAUUGCGAUAUCUUGACUUGUCAGAGUCAAACAUUGUGAGUUUGCCUGUUGGUUUACAAAAGCUGAAAAGGCUGAUGCAUCUGAAUCUGGAGUCUAUGUUGUGCCUUGAAGGUUUCUCAGGGAUAUCGAAUCUGUCGAGUUUGAAGACGUUGAAGCUACUUAACUUCAUAAUGUGGCCAACUAUGAGCUUACUAGAGGAGCUGGAACGCUUGGAACAUUUAGAAGUUCUGACCGUAGAGAUCACGUCAAGUUCGGUAUUGAAACAGCUCUUAUGCUCUCACAGGUUGGUGAGAUGUCUUCAAAAGCUAUCUAUUAAGUACAUUGAGGAAGAGUCAGUCAGAGUUUUGACGUUGCCAUCGAUACAAGAUCUCCGUGAAGUCUUCAUAGGAGGGUGUGGAAUCCGGGAGAUAAUGAUAGAGAGGAACACAAUGUUGAUAAGUCCAUGCUUACCGCACCUAUCCAAAGUUUUGAUAGCUGGUUGCAAUGGUCUUAAGGAUUUGACGUGGCUACUGUUCGCUCCUAACCUCACUCAUCUCAGUGUUUGGAACUCAAGCCAGCUAGAAGAGAUAAUAAGCCUAGAGAACGCUGCAACGGUUGAUACUGUUCCUUUUAGGAAACUAGAAUAUCUACACUUGUGGGACUUACCUGAACUGGUGAGUAUCUACUGGAGUCCUUUGCCUUUUCCAUAUUUGAAUCUGAUCAACGUACAAAACGAUUGUCAGAAGCUGAGAAAGCUUCCUUUGGAUUCUCAAAGUUGUAUUGCGGGUGAAGAGCUUGUCAUUGAGUAUGGAGAUGAAGAAUGGAAAGAAAAAGUUGAAUGGGGUGACGAAGCCACGAGACUCCGUUUCUUACCAUCCUGCAAGUUGGUUUUGUAUGAUGUUUGAGCCAGAGAAAGCUUCCAAAUGUCUUCAAUGCAUGGGAGGUUGAUUCUAGAUCUUGAUUCCAUGUGAUCAAGUGGUGAAUCAAGUUUUUCAGAGAAUCAGGUUGAUUCUCGAUCUUUGCAUCAACGGGGGUUAUAUUCACAGCCUUUCAGAGAAUCAAGCGGCGCUGCAAAAAGACAUAGAGGUACUCAAGGCAAAGCAAGAUGAUGUGCAAAGAAGGAGUUACAUGGCGUCGCAAAAGGCUCUCUCAAGUCCAGAGUGUCCAGAGAUGAGAAAGCUGCUAUUGGAUUCUCAAAGAGUAGACAAAACAAGCUCGCUUCCAAGCAAGGAUCAUGAAGAUAAUGCUUAGCUACAUCAGUGUACAUAUGUUACUCUGUUCUGAAUGGUUUUCUUGGAAUAUAAAGAAAUGUUACAACUCAAAUUUAAUCAGGACGAGUUCAUUGUGUCAUUAUGUCAGAAAAAGUUCUAUAACAAGAGCUUGAAAAGAAUGA